CAUCCUGACCUAAAAAUGGGGUAGCAGAGUCGUAGUCUUCGUGAAGACGGGGGUCGAGCAUCGACGAACUAGGGUUGGAAUUCGGUAACGCGAUGAGGCGAUGAGCAACGAGUGAGCGAUGGCAGUGGGAGAACACGGUGCGGCGUAUUGAUACCACUGCUGUUGUGGUGAGGCGGGCCGGGCAUUCAUUCCCUCCUCCUUCGACUCCUCCAUUGUGGCAAACCGGGGCGGGAACUCGCCGUCGCCACACCGCGGGACCAGAGGAUCUCACGGCACCCUCGCGCUACUGGACCCGAAGUGCAACCACGACUAGGGUUGCAUCUGCGUCUCGUUUCGCUCCACCCUUCUCCUUCACGCGCAUUAGGGUUUGAAGUUUCUGAUCAGCCAUGGCUGCCGCGACGGGGGGUACGAGGAAUCGGAUGGGGCGAGAGGAGCUCGAGGAAGGUGAGAAUCUCGUAUUUGAGACGAGCGCGGGCGUGGAAGUCAUUUCCAGCUUCGAUCAGAUGGGUAUUCGGGAGGACCUGUUGCGAGGCAUUUAUGCUUACGGGUUUGAGAAGCCGUCCGCUAUUCAACAGCGAGCAGUGAUGCCUAUUAUAAGUGGCCGGGAUGCUAUAGCCCAAGCGCAGUCUGGAACAGGGAAAACCUCUAUGAUUGCCCUAACCGUUUGUCAAAUGAUUGACAUUGCAACCCGUGAGGUGCAAGCUCUUAUAUUGUCACCCACCAGAGAGCUUGCUGCUCAGACGGAGAAGGUGAUUCUCGCAAUCGGCGACUUCAUGAAUGUUCAAGCUCAUGCUUGCAUUGGGGGGAAGAGCAUUGGGGAAGAUAUCCGGAAGCUUGAAUAUGGUGUACAUGUUGUAUCUGGAACUCCUGGGAGAGUUUAUGAUAUGAUAAAGAGAAGGACGUUGCGGACGCGGUCUAUCAAGCUCCUGAUCUUGGAUGAAUCGGAUGAAAUGCUCAGCAGAGGAUUCAAGGACCAGAUUUACGAUGUUUAUCGUUAUCUGCCCCCUGAGUUGCAGGUUGUAUUAGUGUCUGCAACUUUGCCUCAUGAAAUUUUGGAAAUGACGAACAAGUUCAUGACUGACCCUGUACGAAUCUUGGUGAAACGUGAUGAGUUGACUCUGGAGGGAAUAAAACAAUUUUUUGUGGCCGUCGAAAGAGAAGAAUGGAAGUUCGAUACAUUGUGUGAUCUCUAUGACACACUUACAAUUACCCAGGCUGUUAUUUUUUGCAACACAAAGCGGAAGGUGGACUGGCUGACAGAAAAGAUGAGAAGUAACAAUUUUACCGUGUCUGCAAUGCACGGCGACAUGCCCCAAAAGGAACGUGAUGCAAUCAUGGCCGAGUUUCGGUCUGGCACUACACGGGUUCUCAUUACAACAGACGUCUGGGCUCGUGGUCUUGAUGUGCAACAAGUCUCUUUGGUAAUCAACUAUGAUCUUCCCAAUAACCGUGAAUUGUACAUUCAUCGUAUUGGUCGCUCAGGGCGAUUUGGGCGGAAGGGUGUAGCUAUUAACUUUGUAAGGAGCGAUGACAUCCGAAUUUUGCGAGACAUAGAGCAGUACUACAGUACCCAAAUCGAUGAAAUGCCUAUGAAUGUAGCUGAUUUAAUAUGAGGAGUCAGGGAUAACGUUAGCGUUGCUAAAAGGGGCGGAUUAAAUUCCCAGGCUUAUAACUAAUCAUCUGCUUUUGUAAAGUAGACUUCCCGAAAGCCCUUGCUUUCUUAAUAGCUUAGAAACUGUUGAUAAGGUUUUUGGUUAGACGACCUUUCGCGUCUUAUGUCUUCUGGUGAA